AUGGGGUGUGCCGCCAGCGGACAUCGGUGCUUCAGCGACGACUACGUCCUGGGUCGAAAGCUGGCCACCGGAACGUUCACGCAGACGCGCAUGUGCACAGAGCGGCGAACCGGGGAGGAGCGCGCCGUGAAGAUCCGCAGCCAGCCCUACUCCGAGGCGGACUGCCGCUUUGAAGUGGAGUUGCUGAGUGAGUUGAACUUUGCGGGGCGGGUGCCUCGCUUCGCGCGGUCGCAGACUGCCUCGCGAUCCUUCAGGCCGCCCGACGGAGUCGACGCAGAGCAAAGCGUGCGCGGCAUCGCGCACAUCCUCCGCUUCUUCGGCGCCUACUGCGAAAAAGCUUUCUUCUGCGAAGUCUUCGAGCUAUGCGAAGGGGGCGAGCUGAUGGCGCUAGAUCCGACAGAGGAAGUGACUGAGGCCGUUGUCCGCCAGUGGAUUCGUCAGCUGCUGCUGGCUGUCGAGGCGCUCCACGUCCGCUCCAUCGUGCAUCGGAACGUCAAUCCGACGAGCGUGCUGCUGCGCGAGGAGAGCCGCAAAACAGUCAAGCUCGGAGGCUUUGGUUUGGCAUGCCGGAUUUCUCGCGGGGAGCUCUUGAAGGAGGCGUGCGGGUCGAGUUCCUACUUGGCGCCUGAGAUGUUGAUUGGCAACUACGGGCGGAAGGUGGACGUCUGGGCGGUCGGGGUGAUUCUCUACGUGUUUCUCUUUGGGCGGCUGCCCUUCGUAGCCCGCGACACAUUCCACCUCUUCAAGAGCAUCAUCGAGGACGAGCCUCGGUGGACGUACACCUCGACGCGUGAACUCCUCGCUUGCCACCGCUUCAGCAGCUGCGACUCGUUUUCCUCCGAGACGCUGCUUCGCGCGACCUCGGGAACCUUCCGCGGCUCCUGCAAGACCGACAUCAGCGAAGGCGGCGAGGGCGGCGAGGGCGGCGCAGGCGGCGCAGGCGGCACAGGCGGCACAGGCGGCACAGGCGGCACAGGCGAGCAGCGCCGCGACAGCCACUUCCUGCGGCCGCCGGUGCCCAGUUUUGAGCACGCGCCGGUCUCCGCCACCGCGCCCUCGCAGCUCGCCCACGAGGCCCUCGAGGGCCGAUCUCCGUCCAAGCGUGAGGAAGAUGCAAAGGCUGAGGGCCUUAGUGACGGCAACGCAGAGAGCGCAUGCGGCGACGCAGAGGCCGCGUCGCUCCAGCCAAACGAAGCAGCAGGGGGCGGAGGCGAAGGAGGUGCGGGAAGCGCGCCUCCCUCGCCGAAGGUCGGUGAAGCUCGCGAGCGCGACGGCGGGCGUGCAGGGAGCAGAGACGCGCCCGAGCCGCAGGCGAAGGCCCGCCAGGGCUGGUGGCAGGCGGGCGACGACGACGACGACGACUACGCGCCGAAUCCUCUCGCCGUCGAGCUCUGCAAACUGCUGCUCACGAAGAACUUCCUCAGCCGCCCAACCGCCACCGAGGCCCUCACCCAUCCCUGGCUCCGCGAAGAGAACUGGGCGGACGGAAACCCGGGACGUACCCUCCCUAACAGCCUCUGCCGACGCAUCGCCAUGUGCAACUCAGAGCAAUACCUGCGCGAGGGGUCGAUGCAGAGUUUCAACGUCGGCGCCGAGUCGAUGGAGUCCACCUUCGAUGCAGAGUCCGUCUACCGGCGUCCCCCGGCUGGCUUCAGCCCGCCGGCGCCGAGCGUGCUGGGCGAGCGGAUGCCGCUGACGGGGAAGCUCGCGAUGUUUCAGUCGCCGGCAGAUGGCGCGGCGGCGCGUCUCCGCGGGGCGUCUGCGGCCUCGUCGCGGCUGGAGCCUUCGGCGACGACGCAGACCUCGCUGGGUGGCGGCGCAGGGAGUGGGGAGACGUCCUACAAGGCGUACCUUGCGGCGGGCACGCUGCUGCAGAGUGCAUCCUUCGCGGAGAAGGCCCGCGACCCUGGCGACGACUCCGACCCCGCCCUCGGCGUGGCCGCCCCCGGGGCGCGGGGGGAGACGGCGGAGGGCCGGGGGCUGGGAAGGGCGGAGCCCGCGGAGUUUUCGGGGGCGGCGAGGCCCUUGGGGUCGCCGGCGCGGCCGGCUCGGUUCACGCCGAAGCGCUCCAACCUGACUGACGCGGCGGCGAAGGCGUCGCCGAGCAGCGCGGGCAGACGCGACAACGAGAACGGGCGCCGCGCAGAGGGCGGAGGCGGAGGCGUUGGAGAGGAGGGGGAUGAUGAGGCUGCGCCCGCGGCGGGGGCGGCGGCGGGCGGGCUCCGGCGCAACCGGACGGGCGAGCCGAGGCGGACAGCGACGGGGAGGAGCUCUGCGGUGCGGUCUGCCGCGGUUGGAGACGGCGCGUUCGAGCCCGGCGGCAGAGGGAACACACUCGCUAGCGCCUUCAUGCGGGCCAAAACGAAAACGCCCGCCCCCCGACAGCGCUUGCAGGAGAACGCGUACGGCGCCUACCAAGCAGACGUCGUCCGCGUUCGAAUUUCUUAA